AUCUGUUGAUCUUUGUUCUCUUGCCAAUACUCACUCUUGUUUUAAUCAUCUUUAAAACAAAAACCAAACCGAACCUACCUCCAGGACCUUUGUCACUUCCUGUCCUUGGUCAUCUCCACCUGCUUAAACAACAACCCUUCCAUGAAACCCUACUUAACCUCUCUCACAAGUAUGGUCCCAUAAUGUUACUCCGGUUCGGUGUCCGAACCGCGGUAAUCAUCACAUCUCCGUCACUAGUAGAAGAAUGCUUCACCAAAACAAACGAUAUCGUGUUAGCCAACCGCCCGUUAACGCCUUCUCUUAAACACUUCAGUUAUAACUACACGACCAUGGGUGCCGCCCCAUAUGGUGACCUUUGGCGUACUCUACGUCGGGUGGCUGCCUCCGAGCUCUUAUCGACUGCCCGCCUUGAUGCCACCACCCAUUUGCGUGAACAUGAGGUCAAACUUAUGUGUAGACAAAUUAUCAACCAAUCUUCGCGGCAAGUGAACUUGAAGUCUUGGUUUAAAGAGCUUUUGUUUAACAUAACAACCAUGGCGAUUAUGGGGAAGAGGUACUAUGGAGAUUAUACUAAUGUUGGUGAUUUAAAACAAGUGUUAGCGUUUAAGGACAUGAUAGAGGAUAUGUUCAAGCUAAUACAUACGCCAAAUGUUGUAGAUCUUCUGCCUGUUUUAGGGUGGUUUGGUUUUGGGGGUGUUGAGAAGAAGAUACUUUGCAUGAUGGAUAGAGUAGAUAAGUUUCUUCAAGAGGUUAUAGAAGAACGUCGUCGUAUAGGGAGCUGUGAGUCAGGGAUUAUGGUGGAUAAAUUACUCGCUUUACAGCAACAAGAACCUGAGUUCUAUACCGAUGAAAUCAUUAAAGGCUUUAUACUGCAAAUGUUAGUUGCCGGUACAGAAACGCCAUACUUAACACUUGAAUGGUCCAUGUCGUUGUUGCUCAACAAUCCAAAAGCUAUGGAAACGGUCAAGAACGAGAUCCAAAAUCAUGUUGGUUUUGAGUGCUUGGUACAAGAAAGCGAUUUGGGUAAACUAAGUUAUCUUCAAAACGUCAUAAAUGAGAGUCUACGUUUGUACCCAACUCUUCCCUUACUACUUUCACGAGAAGCUUCUGAUGAUAUCACAAUUGGUGGCUACUUGGUGCCUCGUGGAACAAUGUUGAUGGUUAAUGCAUGGGCCAUUCAGAGGGAUCCCCUACUUUGGGAUGAACACGAUAAGUUUAUUCCUGAAAGAUUUGACAGAAGGGUUGACGAUAAAUAUAAAAUACUCGCGUUUAGUGUAGGUAGGCGUGGAUGUCCCGGAACUAAUUUAGGGUAUCGUGUCCUUGGGUUGACGUUGGGAACUUUGAUUCAAGCAUUUGAAUGGGAGGGGUUAGGAAAUGAGGAGGUCGAUAUGUCUGCUUUUCAUGGCCUGUCUAUGGCAAAAUUGGAACCGUUACAAGCCGUUUGCAAACCGUGUUCAAACAUCACACAUAUUCUUUAAGGUUUGAGUUUACAUGGAAAACUCAGUGUAAUGUUUUAAUCGUUAUUACAUGAUGCGGUCUAUGUUGCUUUUUAUGUAUUUACUAAUUUCAGUUACAAAAUAAUUCAGUUGGGAUCAUGUUUGAAGUUA